GGCGGGGCGGUGCCCCGGGGCCGCGGGGCCGCGCUCGGCUCCCCCCUGGUGGCCGGGGGCUGUGGCGGCGCUACGCCGAACGCCGGAGCCCCGGCGGCUCCCGAAGACGGGCAGGGCUCCGCCGCCGCCGGGACUGCCCGCACCCCGCCCGCAGCCGCCGCCGCCAUCGGGAGCUUCCCCCGGAGGACGGAGCCGGCGGCGGCCGGGAGAGGGGUGUCCCCCGGAGCCCCCCCGCCGCCUCCGCCGCCGCUGCUGCUGGCGGGGCCGCCGGGCAGAGCGUGUCUCAGGACCGUGCUGGCGGACUCGCGCUUCUUCCUGGUGUGCAUGUGCUUCCUGACCUUCAUCCAGUCCCUCAUGGUGUCCGGCUACCUGAGCAGCGUCAUCACCACUAUCGAGCGGAGAUACAGCCUGAAGAGCUCGGAGUCGGGGCUGCUGGUCAGCUGCUUCGACAUCGGGAGCCUGGUGGUGGUGGUGUUCAUCAGUUACUUCGGGGGGCGCGGGCGCAGGCCGCUCUGGCUGGCCGUCGGGGGCUUCUUCAUCGCUCUGGGGGCCGCUCUCUUCUCCCUACCUCACUUCAUCUCCCCGCCGUACCAGAUCCAGGAGCUGAACUCCUCCAUCAGCAACGAGGGCUUGUGUGUGACUGGCAACGGCACCGCCAAGGAGCAGUGGGACUCUCCGGCCUGCAUCAAGGACUCCGGUGGGAACGAUCACUCCCUCUAUGUAGCUUUAUUCAUUUGUGCCCAAAUUCUCAUCGGCAUGGGCUCCACACCCAUCUAUACUUUGGGACCAACAUAUCUGGAUGAUAAUGUCAAGAAAGAGAACGCCUCGCUUUACCUAGCCAUCAUGUAUGUCAUGGGAGCACUUGGUCCUGCAGCUGGCUACUUACUGGGAGGACUUCUCAUUGGUUUCUAUGUUGAUCCUAGGACAACUGUUUAUAUUGACCAGAAUGAUCCCCGAUUCAUUGGAAACUGGUGGAGUGGAUUUCUUCUUUGUGCCAUUGCAAUGCUCCUUGUGAUAUUUCCAAUGUUUACCUUUCCAAAAAAGCUUCCUCCUCGACAUAAAAAAAAGAAAAAGAAAAAGAAAAUGAACUCUGAUGAUGUUUCAAGCGAUGAUGAAGUCAUGAAAGAGAAAACAAAUAGCAAAAUACAAGCAGAGAGUGCAGUUCCUGCAUCUAUGGGAUUUGGAAAGAAUGUUAAAGAGCUUCCACGAGCAGCUGUCAGGAUCUUAAGCAACAUGACAUUCCUUUUUGUGAGUUUGUCAUACACAGCUGAGAGUGCCAUUGUUACAGCUUUUAUUACCUUCAUUCCCAAGUUCAUCGAGUCACAGUUUGGCAUCCCAGCUUCCAAUGCCAGCAUCUACACUGGUGUGAUAAUUGUUCCAAGUGCUGGUGUUGGUAUUGUCCUAGGCGGCUACAUUAUCAAAAAACUGAAACUUGGUGCAAGAGAGUCUGCAAAGCUGGCCAUGAUCUGCAGCGGUGUGUCUUUGCUGUGCUUUUCAACUCUAUUCAUUGUUGGAUGCGAAAGCAUUAAUCUAGGGGGAAUAAAUAUACCUUAUACGACUGGUCCCACUCUUGCCAUGGCCCACAGGAAUCUCACUGGGAGCUGUAACGUGAACUGUGGAUGUAAAAUUCACGAGUAUGAGCCUGUGUGUGGAUCAGAUGGAAUAACGUAUUUUAAUCCUUGCCUAGCUGGCUGCAUCAAUGGUGGAAACCAUAGCACAGGGGUAAGAAAUUACACGGAAUGUGCCUGUGUCCAAAGCCGCCAGGUUAUCACCCCACCGACAGUGGGUCAGCGCAGUCAGCUCCGGCUGGUCAUCGUCAAAACCUACCUGAACGAGAAUGGCUAUGCUGUUUCUGGGAAGUGCGAUCGAACCUGCAACACACUUAUUCCAUUCCUGAUAUUUCUCUUCAUAGUGACCCUUAUAACAGCUUGUGCCCAGCCGUCAGCGAUCAUAGUGACACUCAGGUCUGUGGAAGAUGGGGAACGGCCCUUUGCACUAGGAAUGCAGUUUGUUCUAUUACGAACUCUUGCUUACAUUCCCACUCCAAUUUAUUUUGGGGCUGUUAUUGAUACCACAUGCAUGCUUUGGCAACAGGAUUGUGGUGUACAAGGAUCUUGCUGGGAAUACGACGUCACCUCAUUUCGUUUUGUCUAUUUUGGGUUGGCUGCUGCUCUCAAGUUUGUGGGAUUCUUUUUUAUUUUUCUGGCCUGGUACUCCAUUAAGUGUAAAGAAGAGCAACUACAGAGACAGCACUGGAGGGCUUCGCCGGUGAACACUGUGAGUGAGAUGGUUGGCCAAGCUGGACUCCAACAAAACUAUGCACGGACUAGAUCCUGCCCUACCUUCAGUUCUCGAGGAGACAUUGGUAUGGCACAGGGCAUGAACUGCAUAGCACAGACAUACCCUGGCCCCUUUUCAGAAGCAAUAAAUUCCUCAAAUGAAAAUGCAUUGGAAGAAGUCACUGCUGAAAUAUAGCCCCCUGGCUUGGUAAUGUAAUGUUUAGUUUUGUUGGUUGACUUAAUUAUGGCGCCUUGUAAAACACCUGUGCCUUCUAUUUUUAAUCUAAAUGUAACACAUGGUAAAACCGACAAAGCUUAAUGCAAACAACCGUAGUGUGUUCCUGAGGGCUGGAUACCUCAAACCAACCCAAGUUCUUAAUUCUCCCUUCCUGACAAUGGAGUUUUAAAAAUUGUGUUUGUAAUUAUUUCAGAUGUGUCCAUUAAAUGUCCAUGCUCUAUCUAAUAUCAAUGUAAGGGUGAGGUACUAUGAGCAGCAGAAGUCAGUGGAAGAGUGACAAAAACUCAUAUUGUUACUGUCUAGAUGUUACAAAAAUGCUUAAUUGUAUCAUCUUUCACAUCUGCAAAUCAUAUUUUUAAGAGAUGAGUAAUUACUGUGAGUUCUGCUACAAAGCACAACUAAACUUGUUUAAACUAUGCAACUUACUCGGAUAAUUGUAUGUGCAGCAAAUUACGUUUAAAGUUUGCUUUUAAAGAUAUUACUGCUACUCAGUUUGAAAGGGGCUAUUUUCAGACAUACAUCGUUAAAAUAAAAAAGAACAUAACAUUUAAAGUACUGUUAAUAACAUGUUAAGCCAUACGAAAGUUAUGUAUCAGGUGAUGUUCGCAAAUGCUGAGACACAAUAUCUUUGUCCUGUCAAAAAGUGCAUUAACUUUCAUUUGAUAAGAAGCAGUCAUGCUUCACAAAGUACACAGGCUAGGAGCUUAUAACGCUUGGAGUAAAAAAAAGCACUUAAGUAUUAAUCUGUGAUAACAUUAAGGUGUAGAAAUCCUUUACACAUACCAGAUGUAUUUCUGUAAUAAUAUAGGUCACCUGGGUAGCCCUUAUUAGCACCAGAUCCUUUUUUUUUUUUUGUUUGUUUGUUUUUGUUUUUGUUUUCCUGAAAAAGAAAAUAACCAUCUGUGGCUCAUAGGAAGUUCUUGGCUGUGCUUCAGAAGUGUGUGCCAGUGUAGUUCAGCUUUGGUGAGACCUGAUGGCCUUGUUUUGUUUCUUACUGGCUGUUUGGAGCCAGGGUGGCACAUCUCUCCACAAGACCUAGCGGAGAAACCUUCAAGUGGAUUGUGAGCAUGUGGGCUGUCCCAGCAUGAGGCCUUCCUCCAAACUGCUGGCACCACUGUGGUGCUUCUCCCUGGUGCUUCUGUCCUGGUUCCGCCACUCCUGUUGCCUGCCUUGGGGCAGGCUGCUGGAACCACCCUGGAAGCUGCAGGUGUAUGGUUUGUCCCACACCUAACCAGCCUCCCUCAGCUUUGUUUAAAACUUUCUGUGAGAACAAAGGGUGAGUUAGCUCUCCUCAACACACUCAGGUAAGGGCUAAGAAUAUCAGUUGUCUGCAAGCAGAGACCCAUGAGAUGUGGUGUGGCCUUUACUUAUUCCAAAUUACUAUGGUGUGUUUUCUCUCCUGCUCUUAGCGUCUCCUAUAUUGCUCUGGAGAUUUUGUAGUGCCGUUCUUACAAUGUACUAGUGAUGUCUCAAAGGGCAGGGAACAGUUUCAAGUGAAAUCAAAGCUGUAUUUGCCCUGCAGGGAAAGCCUUACUAGUUAAGGAAAUAAGAGACAUUAGAAGAACUCAGUGAUGGGCAGACUUGGACUUUGCUAGGUGCGUAGCCUGCAUGAAAUCAAAUAGGAGAAAGCAGAACUUUGGGAAUGUAAAAAGGAUUUUCUUUCUAGUUCUAUUUUUAAUUUACAAUUUGUAAGAUAAUUAAACAUAUAUGGAAACAAAUCCUCUUUCCCUUGAAAUCAAAGGGAAUACUCUCUUUGGCAUCUGGAUUUGCUUCUCCUUAGCCAAUUGCCUUCCGUCAUCUCUUGUCUCUCUUUGACCAGCAUGUGGCUUUACCCACUGGCUUGGUUCCUCUGCUAGAAAUGUUGACUGCUUAUUUCAGAAUGUCUCAGUCCAUUUAUGUGACUUGUUAUUAAUUCCAUUCUCUGUGGCUGCAAAAUACAGCAUAGUGGAGUAUUGUUACAAUCACCUCCCGUUUUUUCUGUAUAUUCUAAUAGCUUUUUGGAUACAAGCCUUAGAUUUUUUUAUUUUUCUCUUGUGCAGCUACUGGGCACGAUAUAUCUGCAGUCAGUUUGUGCCACCUGGGAUUUUAGCUUCUAUACUUCGCAUCCCAAGGAAUACAUUUCCUUGUCUCAGAGGUACUGGGUACAAUUUAUUUUUUGACAUAGAAGAUCAGAAUAGAUGAUAGAAAUGUCUCCUCCUCCUACAGUCUUGAGUGCUUCUUGCAUCAAGAAAUUCAUUUCAUGACUAAAUUUGAGGCAGAGUAGUAGGACGAAGUGUAAUUGCAGCCCAUCACCUAUCCACUUUAAUCACUCACCCAUUUUAAUCUGCAUGGGAUGAGGUGAAAAAAGACAAUCUUCAAAUAUCUCAGAAACAGAGCAUUUAGGGAAUCAUAAAUGAUAUGAUAAAGAGGCUGGAGAUGAAUCAUCUGUACUGAUCUACUCUAUUUCAUGCCUUGUGUGCACGUCUUUUCCAUACAAAUAUCGAGUGAGAGCAGCUUAGGCUUGUAGGACUGUCAGGAGCUAACACAGAUCACAAAGAAUAAGGGUGAUGUAAAUGACACAUCUGCAACUGCUGCAGCUUCUGAGCUGAAUGCAAGGGAAUUCAGAGCUUGUCAGAAUUUCUGUUUUUUAGGAAAUCCUGACACCUCAGCUUCUAAAAGCAUUUUUUAAUGUCUGGGAAACUAGAACGUUGAAGGAAAGAUACGCAUUUCAGAAAUACUCAAAAAGCUGUGUUCGCAUACUUUCUUGUAGCUUUUUAAUUUUCAUUUCAAAGCUAUAUACUUCACUGAAACAAACCUAAUGUUUCAAUAGUAGUUUUUAAUCUAAAUAAUUUUGUCAGUGUAUUUCUACCAAAUCAUUUAAUUAAAUCAACAUCCUCUGAGGGAAAGAAAACGCAGCCUCUGGCCAACUUUUGAUUUAGUCCUGAAGGAGGCUUUGUUAUGAGUAAUCUCUAACAGUCUAAGCUAAGCCAAUAAAGGCACCCAGGGUAAAAACAGUAACUCACCAGAGAAAUCAAUUCCAGCCUUGUCAACAGUGACAGAAAUAUGGACUGAAAUCUGCUGAGCAAGCACUAUUUUCUGAGGCUACCAUUGCAGAAGGAAGCAGAGUUGCCAGAGAAGAUGUAUGCAGAGAUUUUAGUCACCAUCAGUGUGUGGUGUGUGAUUAAAAAAGGAAAAGCUUUACUUAUUAUCCAGCAAGGGUGAUCGUGGUGUUUUUCUGUCAUGAAACCGUCUGACCAUAAAAGUUCCAAAGUCAUUUGGAGUUAAGUUGUUGUAAGUUCAGCCAUCCUCCACUCUCCCUGCAAACACUCUAGUAUGGUUAGCAGCAAACACAAGAACAAGUAAAGCAGGAGUCCUGCCCUCCUGCUCAUUCGCACAGAGCUAUUGGUAGAAUACUGAAGUCUUCUACCUACAGCUAACCAGGCAGGGAGAACAGGGAGCAAUGACACCUAGACUUUAACUGCAAGUCCCCAGAGAUCCUUGAUAUCAUAAGGACAGCCCGGUGUCCUCUUGCUCAAGAUAUUCUUGGUUCAGAAUGAGGGACAUGAGAGAAGUGGUCCCAGUGCAGAGACAUGACUGAACAGAUCAUCAUUUCUUAUCUAAGGCUUCUCAUUUCUCUCUCUUUCCUCAAAACUGAGGAAGAUGUUAGAAAAGGAGAAAUGAUAGCCUCAGGUGUGUAUGAGCAUGGCUCAUGAACCGCUUUGUUCAUAGUGAGUUGUUCAUAUAGAAUCCAGUGGAUGCAGUCAUGACUGCAAUAACUGGAGAGUGAUGCUCUGUAUUUCCAGUGCUAGGCAAAGACCUGCAUUCUUUUAGUUCUCUUCUCAUAAGCGUACUGAAUGAAAUACAGUAUAAUUUGGAACCGGUAGCAUUUUAUAUAUUUUCAGUACAGUGUAAGAAGCUACAAAAAAAAAAAAAAAUAAUAAAAAAUUAAAUGUUUUGAUGCAAUUUAAUUGGAAGCUUCUGAUUUUUUGUCUGGUCACUGUAUCUUAAAAAAUGCAUGUAAUAAUUUGCUGUUCUUCAGAACAUGCAGUUAAGUGAGGUAAAGGUACAGAUCUCCUCAUAGGUGUUAGAAAUGCAAGUUUGAAAGCCCUUAAAUUAAUCAGAAACACUUGAGUGUAGUGUUUUUGAAAGUAUGUUUGCUCUUUUAAAAAAAUAUAGCUCAUAAAUUCAUAGCAUAGCCAUUCAUUAUGGCUCUGCUCCAGCAAAGCGCUUAAAUACAUGCCUAAAUUUAUCUACUUAAGUGAUGCACUUAAAAGUAAUGCAUGUAUAUAGGCACUGGACUGAAUUCCAUGUGCAUUCAGAAAGAAGUUCCUUUACCAACAGAGUAAUUUCCACGCUAAGAUAUUUUUUACCCAUGGAUUCAGUGAUCAUGACCGGAAGAACACAAAAAGGCAGUCAAGUACUUCCCCACGGCAUUAUGGCUACUUCUAUAUCUGGCAAUGGAGGAAUGCCUUUUUUUCUUUCUUUUUUUUCUUCUUUUUUGAAAAUAAAAGACAUGUGGUUCCAUGUAGCUCCAUGUAGCAAUCCUUAGCAUUACAAACUGUAAAAUUUUUGCUAGAAUUCUUAAUUCUGCAUGAAAGUGUGAUUGCAUAGUGAGGGACGUUACUAUUCUGCUUAGAGAAGCAGAGGGCAUUUCAAGCACAUCUGCAGCAGGCAGUAGUUGUCUAGUUCCAGCACGAGUCAUCUCAUCAUCUUGGCUGAUGGCAUCCAACAUCACCUCAUCCAGCCACAGGUAGUGGGUGCCUGAUCAUCUCAGUUGUUUCCACAUUCAAAAUAUUUUGUGGACUUGCUCAAAUAUAUAUUCUAUAUUUAAUUCAUAAAACACACCAUUCAUGUAUUUUACGAAUUUUUGGCUGAAAAUUUGGGUAUUUUGUGUGUAUACAGAAUAAAUAAGGGCAUAUUUCUGACCUUAAAGCCCAUGAAAUCACUCGUAAUGCUGUAGAUUUGGACUGUGCCCUUCCACAGGAUUUGGAUCUAGAGGUUUGAAUAACAUUUGGACCUCAGUGCUUUAUGGAACUCUGGUGAGCAUGACUGAGGAGAGAGGUUGGCACCUUCUGUACUAUUCUUGCAGGUUCUUCCCAAAUUGCCUGAAUGUUUGCUGCCUUACUUCUCUUUCUGUGUAUAUAAUAGCACUGCUCUUCAUGUUAUAUUGACAAAAAACUGACGAUAAAUUGGUCCAAAGUGUCUUACUACUAUUUUGGAGCGAGAUUCUUAUCCUCAACAGCCUAAUAAUAAGGCUGAAGAACUGGGCCCGUCCAUAUGUUGGACAUUAACAAGCUGACGCUUUAACAAGUGUAGGUAAACUAAGUGACACAAAGUGCUUGUUUAGCUUUUAUACUCUAGUCACUAGUUAGUACUACUGUUUUCGUAGAUCAAAGACAAAAUAUUCCCUUAAGAAGUUUAUCUUUGUCUUUUUUCACAAUAACUUCUCUUUUAUAACAGCAUAAGAAAUGUCAUGCUGUACUAUCUGUGUUCCCACAGCUGAAGCCGUCCAGCUGUGUCCAUUUUCCAGGGGUUUAAAACACCUAGAAACAGAAUUACAUCAGUCUGAAUUGGCAGAGCUUUGAACAGUGCUUGCUGGUUGUAUAUUUAACCCAUGGUAAUGCAUUUCAGAUUCUUCACAUGCUGGACUUGAUUUCUGAGAUAUUUUCAUCCUUUAGAGCAUUUAGAAGAUGGACAGUUGAUGUCACGGUGCUAGAUUAAUUAUUUGGUAUAGAAUUAGGGUUUUUAUUUAUCUUUUUCUUAUGUAACUUUUAAAAAUGUCUAAUAAUUGAAACAAGGUUAAAUGUAAACAUUUUCAUUGAGUUGAAAUGGAGAGCCUUCAGUGUGGGGACGUGUUUUGCCCAGAGUUCACAUGAUUCUUCUUCCUUAUUUUGUUACACUAAUGUGUACACUACAUGUUGUUAACACUAAUACAUGCUAUUAUGUGGCCAAAGCUUUGAAAGUAUACCUGGUCCUCAGGAAGGAGAUUUUCCCUAUACUUUCCACAGAGUGUAUAACAUAAAGUAAGGAUGACAGCUAAUGAGAUUCAUAUCCAAUAUCCAUACCCACAUGUAGUUAAUACCUGUAGUUUUAGUAAGAGUUCAUGAGUGUCCUGUCCUUCAGAUAAGCAUCUUUAAUUUAAUCCAGCCAUUCAAACACAGAUCUAGCUCUGCAAGUUCCAAGUACAUAGGCCACUCUAAAAGUCAUGCCUCCUAUUUGUCUGCAUGGAAAUUGCAGCAGAUGCAAAAUGUCACUACCAUUAGUUAUGCGAUUUCAUCAGUGAUGAGCAAGAGCCUUCAUGCCAUGCUCGUAAUAAUCUGCACCAGCAGAGACAACCACCAUGGUGGUCAGCAAGGCUACAGUGUACAACCCACAACUACACUGUGCUCUUAUCCAUUGAUUGGUCUCCAUAAAUGUUCAGCAAGCAUUGAUCAGUGUCAGCGGUUCCAUUUUUUCCACAUGAAGGAAUAAAAUUUCACACUAUUGCUCCAUAUCCACUUCCAUUUCAGAUGCCAUUUUGUCAGGCUGCCCCUCUGCUGCCAUCUGUCACGUGGCAACCACAUGUAAUGGAAUAUUGGUGGCAAGUUUCAACUGCUACUGUACCAAUCACCAUCAGCCUCUGACACCAAUAUAAUAAAAUAGGAGGUAUUACUUUUGAAGCAGCCCUCAUAGCUCCAAACUUUGCUUGGUUUUGAUUUUUAUAAAAUGGAGUAAAUGUUUAUUUGUUCAUGUUCCAUUUCACUCUUUUCCUUUUCCUUGUGUUUUCUAUUUCACGUUAGCUGUCGCAACGUUAUCCUGUAACAGAAUUUUAUUCUUGAUAUAGAAUAGCUGAAAAGCUGUGGAAUUCAUGAAGGGCUACAAAAGGCAUUCAAGGUAUUUUUCAGCUCAAGGAAGAGCAACCUUGAUAAUCUUUGGACAAAAGGCUAAACAACAUUAUGGUGCUAACAGCUACUGAAUAGCUACUACGAUGUAUUCACUAUGACUUCAGUGACACAUUCAAGGCAUGCAAAUGAUACAACAGGAUAUGUUUUUGUUCUUUAAGUCUGGAGCUUCUCCAGUGAAGUCAGUGUUCAUAGUUACUAGUGAGCCAAUUCCUGACACGGUCUUCUGUCCUUUCAGGUGGGAGUAUAGGAUUUGGCCCAGCACUAGCAGCUAAAGUAGAACUUAUAUAGACCAGGCAAAUCUCCUGUAGGAUUUAUUCAUCCUUAUGUAGAAUGUUACUUUCUUUGGUGGCUUUGAUUAAGCAGAGACUGAAAAUAAACUCUAUAGGAAUGACAGGAAGUGAUGGCACCCCUUAACCAAGCAACAUUAGUAAGAGUUAGAAUUAAAUUGAGGAUUUAGAUCUGAGAUAUUAAUGUUCUUUCAUGAAAUAUCAGAAAGAGGGGGGUUGAAUAGGAACAAGUUCUAGCUCCAGCAAUGGAAAAAGCCAAAUCUGGCCAACUUUUAAGAAAGGUAGGAUUUACAACUCAGAUUUUUGGUGUUUGACUUUUUAAGACAACAUUUUGCCUUUCUAUUUGGAACUGAAAGUUAAUUCUUUUAUGUUACCAUACCUGGACUGCUCACUGAGAGGAGGCGUGUGUGUCCUACAUGGCAUGAUGUGGUACGCCUCAGAAAUGUUACCUCUUUAACAAAGGUACUUUUGAAAACAUGAAGGGAGAUGUCAAUGCAAAAAGUUGGAUAAAAUACUUCAAAACUGUUUCUGUACAAAGAACAACAAAAACAAACGCGGAGUCACUGUGAUCCAUGUGUCAGUGAAGGCUUUCCUCCUAACAGACCUGCUCUAUUCCCCACUUGAACAAAUGGGAGUUUUGCCCUUGGCUGUAGUGCAUACCUCUACCAAAUGAUUUAAGCAGCAAGAAAAUAAUCUGAGUAGCGUGGUAAGAGCAUGGAGUGGGCACAUUGCCUGUAACUGUUCUUUUUUUUUUUUUAAUUAAAAAAACCCACCUCAUUAUUAAGCAAAUGUGUAGAGUAUUAAGGACAUUUGUAGAGUAUGUCUGACCGUAUGAGUGUGUGGGUGCUGUGCUGUGGUAAAAAGAGACUAAUUGGUUUAUGCAUUAUUUUGCAUACUUUAGGGAUUUUUAAUUGAUAUUUAUUUCUCAGCAGAGCUUAGAAUAAUUUUGAAGCUGUGUAACACAUUGUUUCAUGAAAUCUAUUGUCAGCAUCUGUUGUAAACAUGUGUUUACAAAACAAACUCUUGAAUACUUGAUAUUGGAAAAUAAAAAGUAGCGUAUCAAAUGUGUUUUAUUUCUGAUGAGGAAAAAAAAAGAAAAAGAAAAGAACAAAACCAAAAAGGUACCUGGAUCGGUGUGCAGUCAGUCUGGAUCAGGUGAUGAUGUAUUCAGUUUUUUAGUGCUCAGUCAGACCAAAACCAAACCUUUCCACUGAAUUCUGUGAGCACUGAAUCGCAGCAAGGUAUCGAUCAUGAAGAAAUAAACUGUACAAUUUCAUCAUC